AUGGAAGGGUUCCUUGAGGCGUGUCAGUUACCAAAAGAAGAUGUGAUCACUCGCGGUCUGAUGCUGCUGUACCACAUCAGGAGGUGGGAGUUUUCCCUGAGCGUGUCCGCCCAGGAAUUAAAAGACAAAUUCUGGUUCCCCUUUGCAAUAGCAUGCCAGCUUGUAAAUGGCGCCCGGGACUUGCUACCAACACAUGUCCAGGGGCAUGAGGCACCUGGGAAACCGUCUUCCAUACCUGCUGCCGCUGCAGGCGGCACCCCCACCACUAAAGCUCCAAAGACGCCGGCCCUGCCGGCCCUGAAGACAUCUGAUCAUCCCGUAAUUACCCCGGUUACGUUAGGUCCGGCCACUUCCGAUCAACUCGAUCAGCCUAUGAAUUCCAUUGCCCACCCCACCAGCUUGGGUGUGUCGGACCCUCACGUCACGGACAUCCCAGGCCCAGUUGGCUCUGCAGAAAUCCCAGGCCCUGAUGCAUCUACCGCGCCAAGCACAGUCAAACCAGAAUUGUCAAUGGCCAUCCCCGCCCCGGUGGUUAGUCCUUCCCCUGAGAUAUGA